AUGAAAAAAGAAGUACAGCUUAUAAAACAAAUGGCCAAGGAGAACAUUCCACUAAAUGUUGUCACGCUGGAAGAUGAGGGCACAAUGAGAAAGCUAUACGAUCUGCACGAUCCAAAUAUUUCAUUCAAUCCAUCCUACGACAAUACAAAGGUAAAUGUUGCGAUAUCCCUCUCAUCGGAAGAGAUGCAUGAACUACUGAAAGAGCAAGAGAAUAUUUCAGAUAUAUUGCUGCAUAACGAGUAUUUGCUAUUCAGUGAAAUAAAAGUCAUAGCUUCUGGAAAAGAGCUAAUCCAAGCCUGCGAUGACCAGAACGAUAUUACACCAGCAGAGAAAAGCGCAUUAAAUGGGUGUCUACAAGUGCCCGCCAGUCUAUUAAAAGAAAAUUUAAAAAGCCAGAGUAAACUUCCGGUGUCUCGUGCUGUGCGUAUAUCAGGAAAGUACCAGGAUGAAGAUGAUAAAUAGCAAAGUAUGCAAUAAAUAUAGAAAGAGUUAUUUAUUACCAAAUCAUAAAUAAAG